CGUAACAGGAUUCACGAAGCCCCGAGCGAACAUCUGGCUUUAUCACUACGUACGUCAAUUGCGUAAAUGUCCCCGUGAUCGUGAACAGACGCGCGCAUGCUCAUUGUCAGGGGGGAGUGAGAGAGGAGCAUGAAUGGAGCAAAAUGGCGGAUCAUGUGCAGAGCCUAGCCCAGCUAGAGAUCCUGUGCAAGCAACUAUAUGAGACCACAGACACCACCACACGUCUACAGGCCGAGAAAGCUCUGGUGGAGUUCACCAACAGUCCCGACUGCCUGAGUAAAUGCCAGUUGUUGCUGGAAAGCGGAAGUUCCUCGUACUCGCAGUUGUUGGCUGCAACAUGUCUCUCCAAGUUGGUGUCUCGUACAAGCAAUCCACUUCCCCUGGAGCAGCGCAUUGACAUUCGAAAUUAUGUUCUCAAUUAUCUGGCGACCCGGCCAAAGCUUGCUGCCUUUGUGACACAAGCCUUGAUCCAGCUCUAUGCCAGAAUCACCAAGCUUGGCUGGUUUGACUGCCAAAAGGAAGAUUAUGUCUUCAGGAAUGUCAUUGUCGAUGUGACAAGAUUCCUGCAGGAUAGUGUUGAACACUGCAUCAUAGGAGUCACAAUUCUUUCCCAGUUAACCAAUGAGAUUAACCAAGUAAUUCAAGCGGACUCAACACAUCCACUUACAAAACAUAGAAAGAUUGCGUCAUCAUUUCGAGAUUCCUCCUUGUUUGACAUCUUCACCCUCUCCUGCAACCUCCUCAAGCAGGCAUCUGGGAAGAACUUGAAUCUAAAUGAUGAGAGCCAGCAUGGGCUACUCAUGCAGCUACUCAAACUGGCCCACAAUUGCCUCAACUUUGAUUUCAUCGGUACAUCCACCGAUGAGUCCUCAGAUGAUCUGUGCACCGUCCAGAUCCCCACCAGCUGGAGAUCAGCCUUUUUGGAUUCCUCAACCUUGCAGCUGUUUUUUGAUUUGUAUCAUUCCAUCCCUCCCUCGCUGUCUCCCUUGGUUUUGUCUUGUCUAGUCCAAAUAGCAUCUGUCCGGAGGUCUUUAUUCAACAACGCAGAGAGAGCAAAGUUCCUCUCCCAUUUAGUAGAUGGUGUGAAGAGAAUAUUGGAGAACCCUCAAAGUUUGUCAGACCCAAACAACUACCAUGAGUUCUGCCGACUGCUGGCUCGACUCAAGAGUAACUAUCAGCUGGGAGAGCUGGUUAAAGUAGAGAACUAUCCCGAGGUCAUAAGACUGAUUGCAAACUUCACCGUAACUAGUCUGCAGCACUGGGAGUUUGCCCCCAACAGUGUGCACUAUCUGCUGAGCCUGUGGCAGCGGUUGGCAGCAUCUGUCCCUUAUGUGAAAGCCACAGAGCCCCACAUGCUGGAAACCUACACCCCUGAGGUGACCAAGGCCUACAUCACGUCCCGCCUAGAGUCUGUGCACAUCAUUCUGAGGGAUGGUCUUGAAGACCCCUUGGAUGAUGCUGGCUUGGUGCAACAGCAGCUAGACCAGCUGUCUACUAUCGGCCGAUGCGAGUAUGAGAAGACCUGCGCCCUGCUUGUCCAGCUCUUCGAUCAGUCGGCCCAGUCGUACCAGGAGUUGCUGCAGUCCACCAACUCCAGCACAAUGGACAUAGCAGUGCAGGAGGGUCGUUUGACAUGGCUAGUGUACAUCAUUGGCGCAGUCAUUGGAGGAAGAGUAUCCUUCGCCAGCACAGAUGAGCAGGAUGCCAUGGAUGGAGAGCUUUUAUAUCGAAGACUAUCAGAGGUUCUUGGCUUGAAUGAUGAGACCAUGGUACUCAGUGUUUUCAUUGGGAAAAUAAUCACCAACUUGAAGUACUGGGGACAGUGUGAACCAAUCACAUCUAAGACACUACAGCUCCUCAAUGACCUUUCGAUUGGAUACAGCAGUGUUAGAAAACUUGUGAAACUCAGUGCUGUCCAGUUCAUGCUAAACAACCAUACAAGUGAGCACUUUUCUUUCCUGGGUGUGAACAAUCAGGCCAACCUUAGUGACAUGAGGUGUCGGACCACUUUCUACACAGCCUUGGGAAGACUUCUUAUGGUAGAUUUGGGUGAGGAUGAGGACCAGUUUGAACAGUUCAUGCUUCCUCUCACUGCUGCAUUUGAGGCCAUCGCUCAGAUGUUCAGCACCAACACCUUCAAUGAACAAGAAGCAAAAAGGACUUUAGUAGGACUGGUGAGAGAUCUGCGGGGAAUUGCCUUUGCCUUUAAUGCCAAGACCAGCUUUAUGAUGCUCUUUGAUUGGAUUUACCCCUCUUACAUGCCCAUCUUACAGCGGGCGAUAGAGCUCUGGUACCAUGUACCUGCCUGCACCACACCGGUCCUCAAACUCAUGGCUGAGCUCGUCCACAACAGGUCACAGAGAUUACAGUUUGAUGUGUCGUCACCGAAUGGAAUCCUGCUGUUCAGGGAGACCAGCAAGAUGAUUACAACAUAUGGGAAUCGGAUUCUGACGCUGGGUGAGGUGCCAAAAGAUCAGAUGUACGCGCUGAAACUGAAGGGAAUCUCCAUUUGUUUCUCCAUGCUGAAAGCCGUAUUAAGUGGCAACUAUGUCAACUUCGGCGUCUUCCGUCUGUACGGCGAUGACGCCUUGGACAAUGCCCUGCAGACCUUUAUUAAACUGCUCUUGUCCAUCCCUCAUAGUGACCUGCUGGACUAUCCAAAGCUUAGUCAGUCUUUCUACUCUCUUCUGGAGGUGCUAACCCAAGACCAUAUGAACUUCAUCGCCAGCCUGGAGCCUCAUGUGGUCAUGUACAUCCUGUCCUCCAUAUCAGAGGGGCUCACAGCACUUGGUAAGGACCUUCUCAUCAUGAUAAUGAUUUUUGUGUGUGUUAGGGUUGUGACUAUUCUAACUUUUUUUCUUUUUUUUCGCAGGUUUACACAGAAUCUUUCAGUAUUUAGAAGAGAAGUCAAUGACUCCAUGAAGAAUUCCACAUACGGGGUAAACAGCAACGAUAUGAUGAGCUGACAUUCCAUAGAGCACCAGGCCCUGCCCACGUGGCCCAGCCCCGGCCCGUACUCCCUCCUGCCCCUGGCCCGGCUGCCGGGGGACCACCGCUGCGCAAGCCUGCACCUCCCACUCCCCAGUCCCUAACAAUACCCAAUUACCUCUCUCCCUUCACACCUCCUCCCCCCACCCCUUUUUAUAUAUAUAAAUAUAUAUAUAUAUACACAUAUAAAUAUAUAAAUAUUUUAAAGCCAGUUUCUAGAAGUCAUUCUCCUUGACCAUUCUCUUGUCAUUUGGGGCUCAAAGUCCAAAGAGAGAGAAGAGGGUACGGCUGGGGAAUGGUUGGGAAUGGGUUUGGGGUGUGGGACGGCACCAGUGUGGACUCUAGAGUGGGCGGCACACCCGAACCACUCUUAGGGACGAUGGGAAGUGGGCGUCCGUGUGUGUGUGUGUGUGAGCGUGAGUGUGUUGGAGAGCAUGUCUGUGGGAGGAAGGGUUAGGAUGAGCUGAUAUACAUAGUGCUCUGCUUUUGCCUGCCUUGUAUAGAAACACAUAAGGAAAAAAAAGUGUACAUUUUUUUCAUAACAUUUUCAACAAUGUUUAUAAUGAUUACAAUUUAAGACAAAUAUUGAGUGCGAUUGAAAACUUUUUACAGUCUAGUAAGUUAGUGCAACUGUGCUGAAGUGUGGGUUUGUCUGUAUGGAGAGUCGUUUAUAUCUGGGUGACAAUGUGGGAUUGAGGCGUGAGUGCUGGGAUUGACAGCUGUCCGCAGAAGGGGCGGGAUGAAACGUUGAAUAGGAUCACAAGUUGUACAUUUUAUUAUUUUUCCCCCUUCGAAUUGACUCUAUGGAACGCAAACGGGAGCUCUGUAAAUACACAAGCAUCUUGCGUUAACGUUUUCAGAAGGAAUACCGUUUCCCUCAAAUCUUGGGCAUGAUGAAGUCCGUCUUGCGUCAACAUCCCCACCACCUCCGUCACCGAGGAUGUUCUUAGAUCUGCUUACUGCUGGCCUGGGAAUGGUCCUAAAACGACCCCGUCCUCGUGUGAAAUUCAUUGGAGAACGCACGCGUAACCUUUCCCCUUUUGUCUCUGAAGGGUUCGAUCAUAUCGUCUGUGGAUUUGAUUAGAUAAAGUGACUUGGUUGUGGUGAAGUUGCUCUCUGAGCUUUCGUCAAACUGUUUUCCCUGCUUUUUAAUCUCACAGACUUCCAGUCUCUCGUGGCUUUAUUGUUGAUCUGGCGUUCUUCGGUAGUAGAGCCUAUAGAAUGUAGCCGUGUCCUUAAAAAAAAAAAAAAAAGACCCUGGUACUCGAGUCAUCAUGACAGGAUCACUUUCGACAGUUGUCUCUAGCUUUAACCCCGUUUUUUUUUUUUCUUUUUUCCCCGUUGUACCUCUGGAUUCCAGUUUUAUUUUUAAACGCGUCAGAAUAUGGCAGAUUUAAACACAAGAGGCCGAAUGGAGUAUAUUAGCAACUUGUGCUACUCAACAGAUGUUGCUGCUAACUGUUUGUGAAGAACUAGCUCAUCUCUUAACCAUGUCCAACACUCAUGGAUGUUCACUUUCUUUUCUUGGUUCCCUGAUGUGAAUGUGUUUUUUGGCGACUGUGUGUUGGGUCCAUUGAGUGAUAAGGUUAGCUGGUUGAAUUGUUUGAUUGUUUGUUUGGAUGUCUGCUACAUAUAGUGUAAGCAUUGUGACUGCAAAAUAAAUAUCAUUGGUUUGUACUAGUAUGUGCACAUUUUGUGAUAGCAACAUUAGAUCAAACAUUUUUUAAGUCAACAGUCCAAUUUGACCCUUUUUGUAAUAAACAUGCCUAUUCUUAUAAUCAGCAGGGUUCCCAUGGUCAUAGAAAAUCUGGAAUUUCCUGUAAAUCAAAGUCAUAGAGGUCUGUAGUGAAUGGAAUCUGCUCAGUGUUUUAUUGGAUGGAACAUACUCUUAGAAUAAUCUGUGUAGCAGUAAUUUAAUGCCUGGUGAUGCAGUAAAAAUGCCAAUAAUGAUAAAAUUUUUAAAAAGUCAGCAUUGGGAUACAUCAGGAUGUUCUCAAGGGUGAGCUUUGAACUUGAGCCUCCGCAUCCCAUCAAAAUCCUGUGUUUAAGAAGGAGAGCAGUCCAAAAAAAUUGUAUUCAGGUCUAUUUUGGUUUUUAAUUUUUAUACUUUGCUGAAAAUCCUGUUUCACUCAAACAUAUAUAAAAAAAACUGGUUGCAAAUGCAAUUCGUAUUUCAAGUCAUGGCAAUCCUAAUUACAAUACAAACUAUUCACACAGUACAGCAGCAGUUUUUCAGGGGAAAAUAUGUACUGUUAUUUAUUACAAACAAAAGGUGCCAGACAUUGCAGGAAAAUCAUAACUGAAUAACCAUCUAACUUUUGCGUACAAAUGAGAAAAGCAACUCUUACAUUUACAUAUGGGGG